GUCGCUGCUACACAGCCAUCGCAGCCUCCCUUCCCUUUUGUUGUCGCUGCUUGCUCCCCAUCCCGCCCUGUGCAGCCUCACGCCCCCUCCCCCGACGCUCGUUGCUGCCCUCACUAGUGUAGCCCUGCCCGCAGGUCUCGUAACUCGGUACACGACAAGAGCCCUGACCCAAGCUCCGCCACCAUGAGCACCGGAGCUAAGAAGCGUAUCCUCAAGGAAUACGGCGAGUGCAUGGCCGACACACCGCCCGGCAUGAAGAUCAACUUUGACGAGCAGAACAUGACCAAGUGGGAGGUGUUGAUGGACGGCCCUGAGCAGUCGGCAUAUGCCGGCGGCCACUUCAAGCUCGAGAUUACCUUCCCGACCGAGUACCCCUUCAAGCCGCCCGUGGUCAGCUUUCGCACCAAGAUCUACCACCCCAACGUCAGCAACGAUGACAAGGGGUCCAUGUGCCUGGGGCUGCUGCGCCCCGACGAGUGGAAGCCACCCAACAAGGUCGUGUCGAUCCUGCGCCUCAUCCAGACGCUGCUGAUUGAGCCCAACCCGGACGACGCGAUUGAGCCGUCGAUUGCCAACGAGUACCGCGAAAACCGCGCCGAGUUUGACAAGAACGCAAAGGACUGGGUCAAGCGCUACGCCAAGUGAGGCAGGGCUCACGGACACGUGCACACGCCCGACGACGGCCAGAAUAGGAGACGAGGGCAGUAGAGUUGGGACCGCCGCCGCCGCCCUCACCCACUGCCCACGGCCUGGGAGCGAGCAUGCACGAGGGACGCAUGGCCGGAUGGAUGGACUUGGUUGACUGAUUGAUUCAAUGUUUGAAGGAUUGGUUGCAUGGUUGGCGUCUGGCGAAAUUUGCAUGCGGAUGGGUCGCUUCUUGAGCGGUGGGCAAAGAAGCAGUGCAGGUGUUUUGCAGAUCGCCAUGUUUCCCGCGCAUCGGUCUGCAUCGGACAAAUGCGCAGGGUAGUGUUUACCAAAUGAGAUGAGGACAACCGCUCCAUGUCGUCAUGUGCAAAUCUCCUUUUUGACUGUGCGCCCGUGGAGCGAGCCGGCUCGU